CGCAUAUGGCAACCGGUCAACAAGCACAGAUCGCGACGCAUGUCGCGUCGCGUCGCGCCUGAUGAGCGCGAUCGAAGGCAUACUUCCCCUCCUGGUCGACAAUGUUCGUACGUCCCGAGGGCCUAGUCACCUGUACGUCCUUGAGGUCGUUCUCCGCGCCAGUAUAAACGCGACUAUUGUUCUCAAUUGUCUCGUUGCUUGCAAAUACACGGAGCCAUAAUCGCGAUUAGAUUCGAUCAGGCCGGCAACCGGCCACGAUGCAAUGUGCACCUGCCACGCGCCUUGGGGCGAGGGGAUCGGUAUAUAAGCGGGCCCGGGAAGUAUGCAAUUCAAACCCUCCCGCCGCCCGCCCGCAUCUCGACUCGACGACAUGGAUAUGUUCAGCCCAGUCGUUGAGAUCGACGUCGAGGACAUCACGACCGUCGAUGAGGAGCAGCAGCAGCAGCACAACAGCUCGGGAUUCUACUGCGUCGUGGCAUGACCGUCGCCACGGCCCCAAGGCGCGCAGUAGCGGCAUCGACGCCCGAGUACUCACGAUGACGACAGAAGACGCGGUCUCUGACCUCGCACGCAUUGACGACUCUGACGACUCCACACCUAUUCGUACGCACGCACGCGACGAUCCGCUCUAUGCAUCGGGCUCCGCGCCCCCCUCCUUCACCGGGUUCCUAUUCCCCCUCUCACCUUGGGCGGCGAUAAAUCCCUACUAGGCCCUGCAUCGGGCGAAACGCCGCACCCUUCUGCGCCUCUCAUCUUGCGCGCAUAACUUAUCUCUUUUCGUUCACACCCACCAUUGUACACGUACACACACCCGCUCCCCUUCGUUCUCCCGUACACGUACACCAGAGAUACCUGCUGGCGCACGAAUAGUUUUGCGAACUUCGUUUUCGCGUUAUGCUGCGAGCUUCUUGACUCGUACUUUUGUGGACAUGAGUACCCUAUGCCGUCGAUCUUGCUAUGCCUGCCUCUCUACGUACCUUACUUACGAUACUCACCUACCUACCUCUGGACCUGUACUUGUAGUUUGUAUGAGGUUGGGGAUCGGUCGUAGUUACCGGGGUAGCUGUAGUUGCAUCUGUCGGAUGCGUCGCUGAUGUUUUCGAUGUUCUGUGGGCCCUCGCGCCGCUCCUCUCGCGAGGACGGCGUGUCAAGAAGGGGUUUCAUGCAAUUUACUUUGCAUUUUUGGGCCCAA